AACCCCGCCAGCCUGUCGACGCCAACCUCGCGGCCGGCUGUCCCUCAGCCUAUUUACACCUAAAUCCAUUCGCGAAUCGAAUUUUAAUCGAUAUCCAUUCCAUUAUUAAUUAAAUCGAGUUAAUCCUGUAUCGGUAAGCGCUUAUUAUCAAACCGACGUAGACAUUAAACGAAUGACAUUAUUAUUUGCAAUGUUUCCUCCGUGCGAUUGGUGUUUGUGAAGUGUUUUCAAUAUGUAAUUGGAGUAAUUAUGAUGUUAUUAAAAACUGAUUAAUUAAACAGAAUGAGAGGGGCGAGGGGGGUUUUUCUCAUUUUGUUUUUCGGCCAUCUCUCCGCCUUACCCGAUACAAUUCGAAUUGGCGGCCUCUUCCACCCCGAGGAUGACAAACAAGAGGUUGCGUUCCGUUACGCAGUGGAGAGGGUUAACGCGGAUCGUGCAGUGUUGCCACGAGCGAAAUUACUCGCGCAAGUAGAAACUAUAUCGCCUCAGGAUAGCUUCCACGCUUCUAAAAGAGUAUGCCAUCUACUUCGGAGUGGAGUGGCAGCUAUAUUUGGGCCGCAAUCGGCACCUGCAGCCGCCCAUGUUCAGUCCAUAUGUGACACAAUGGAACUGCCCCACUUGGAGACCAGAUGGGAUUAUCGUACGAGGCGGGAGUCCUGUCUAGUUAACUUAUAUCCUCACCCAGCGGCACUUAGCCGGGCAUACGUAGAUCUAGUUCGAGCUUGGGGUUGGAAGUCCUUCACAAUAGUUUACGAGAAUAGCGACGGUCUGGUCCGACUUCAAGAGUUACUGAAAGCCCAUGGGCCGUCUGAAUUGCCUGUUGCGGUCAGACAACUGCCCGAUUCUCACGACUACAGGCCACUACUCAAGCAAAUAAAGAAUUCCGCUGAGUCACACAUAGUGCUGGAUUGCGCUACGGAGAGGAUAAGGGAUGUAUUACAACAAGCACAGCAGAUUGGAAUGAUGUCCGACUACCACAGUUACCUCAUAACAUCUUUAGAUCUUCAUAGUGUAGAUCUAGAGGAAUUCAAAUAUGGCGGCACUAAUAUUACUGCACUGAGAUUGCUUGAUCCAGAGAGAGCUGAAGUACAAAGAGUAGUCAGGGACUGGGUUUAUGAUGAAGCGAGAAAGGGAAGAAAAUUACAACUGGGACACACCUCAGCUAAGGAAAACAUGACUUUUAUUAAGACUGAGACGGCACUGAUGUAUGACGCUGUCCAUUUAUUCGCGAAAGCCCUUCACGACCUUGACACGUCCCAGCAAAUCGACGUCCGCCCGCUGUCGUGUGAGGCGGAAGAUACUUGGCCCCAUGGAUACAGUCUUAUAAACUAUAUGAAGAUAGUGGAAAUGAAAGGUUUAACGGGAGUUAUAAAGUUCGACCAUCAAGGCUUUCGUAGCGACUUUACCCUUGACAUAAUAGAGCUGACACGGGACGGUCUACAAAAGGCUGGAAUAUGGAACUCAUCCGAAGGUGUAAACUAUACGCGCUCUUACGGCGAUAACCAAAAGCAAAUAGUGGAAAUUUUACAGAACAAAACGCUUAUUGUUACAACAAUUCUGAGUUCACCAUAUUGCAUGAGAAAGGAGGCGAGCGAAAAAUUAACUGGCAACGCACAAUUUGAGGGAUAUGCUAUCGAUUUAAUUCACGAGAUAUCAAAAGUUCUCGGCUUCAAUUACACAUUCAAGCUAGCCCCUGACGGUCGGUACGGGUCAUAUAACCGGGAGAGCAAGGAAUGGGACGGGAUGAUACGGGAAUUGUUGGAACAAAGGGCCGAUUUAGCGAUAGCCGACCUCACUAUUACAUACGACAGAGAACAAGUUGUGGACUUCACGAUGCCAUUUAUGAAUCUCGGAAUAUCAGUACUCUACCGCAAGCCCAUAAAACAACCACCAAAUCUAUUUUCCUUCCUCUCGCCAUUAUCACUUGAUGUCUGGAUAUAUAUGGCUACCGCCUAUCUAGGAGUGUCUGUUCUACUAUUUAUACUUGCAAGGUUCAGCCCGUACGAGUGGGACAAUCCCAGGAACUGUGUUGACGAGCCGCCGGUGUUGGAGAAUCAGUUCACACUGUUGAACUCGCUAUGGUUCACCAUUGGAUCAUUGAUGCAGCAAGGUUCGGAUAUCGCACCGAAAGCUGUCUCAACCAGGAUGGUAGCAGGGAUGUGGUGGUUCUUUACAUUGAUUAUGAUCUCUUCAUACACCGCGAAUCUGGCUGCUUUUCUUACGGUAGAGAGGAUGGACUCCCCAAUCGAAAGUGCAGAAGACUUGGCAAAGCAAACUAAGAUCAAGUAUGGAGCUUUGAAAGGCGGUUCCACUGCAGCGUUUUUCAGAGACUCAAACUUCUCAACGUACCAAAGAAUGUGGUCCUUCAUGGAGUCAGCUAGACCGUCAGUAUUCACAACCAGUAAUAGAGAAGGGGAGGAAAGAGUUAUGAGGGGUAAGGGAGCGUAUGCAUACCUCAUGGAAUCGACGACAAUUGAAUACGUUGUGGAGAGGAAUUGCGACUUGACGCAAGUUGGUGGGAUGCUGGACUCUAAAGGUUAUGGAAUAGCUAUGCCGCCAAAUUCACCAUACCGUACCGCUAUAAGUGGCGCUGUUUUAAAACUGCAAGAAGAAGGGAAACUGCACAUAUUGAAGACAAAGUGGUGGAAGGAGAAGCGUGGAGGCGGUUCAUGUCGAGAUGAGACAUCUAAAUCUUCGUCAACGGCGAAUGAGCUGGGUUUGGCAAAUGUGGGAGGAGUAUUCGUGGUGCUCAUGGGCGGUAUGGGUGUGGCCUGUGUUAUAGCCGUUUGUGAGUUCGUUUGGAAGUCCCGAAAAGUGGCAGUUGAUGAAAGAAAGGAGGAGGCAUCGCUUUGUUCGGAGAUGGCAUCUGAGUUGCGAUCCGCUCUGAAGUGUCCUAGUGGCGGAAGUGGAGGGGGCAGUGGACCUCGCGAGGGGGCAGAUUCCCCCUACUUGCACUACGGAUUCAGUACCAAGAGCCAACUGCACUAGCGGCCGGACCGUGCCGCCUCGCCACCGAGCGAUGUGUAGGCAUGGAUAACAUAAAGAUAUCGUACAUUGCGUGCCCAAAACCCUGUCAAUCUUACACUAAGCUUCAGCUCAAUAUCUAUAAUACCAAACGUAUUUUCUGCUAGUAGAUGCUUAUAAAAAAACGACUGUCAAAUGGUUGUAUUGCCUUUAUCGACUGGUAUUCAAUACUGAAUCUACCGGAACAAAAUAUAUUGCGCAAUUAUAAUUAAUACAAAAACUUACCGUGACUUGACAAGGACUUCAGUAGCUGCCUCUUGUCUAUUGAUAAAUAGAAAGGCAGAUUUGAUAAUUCCAAUCAGGGUUUUGCUCCACGAUGUACUUAUUUGUCAUUUUACAAAAUACAAAAAGGAAUUUCCUCCUAAAACCCAUACUAUACAGUAUAAUGUAUACUAUUCUGAGAAAAGAAUUAAAUUAUUUGUGAAAUUUCAUACUAAUUCCAGAGGAUAGUACUUAUAACAUACUUGAUGGUGUAUGUCUUUUUGGUGUAACGGUGGCGCUUUGGUCUGAAAUAAUGCGCGGGCGCACUCGUUUUACGGGCCUAAUACAAUUUAUUACGCAUGAUCAUUACUUGCCAACCCUGUUUUCCUUCAUAGACGUAUUUAAGCAAAUCAUAAUUCAUUUCAAAUUUAUUAAAAUUGCGCAUUCUAUUUUUAUCAAAAUAUUUUUCGUUCAAUGUAAUUUGAAAACAAUAAAAUGUCAACGAUUUUAAAUGUUAAGGCUAAUGUUUAUAAGGCGUACUUAGGCUUAGCUUAUACCUUACAAAUAAAGUAAUUGGUGUGAAUAAAAAUGUUGUAAGAAUUUGCGUCUAAGCAAGAGUGCUUAGAAGCACUCAGUAACUCUUCAGCUAGAAGAACAAUAAAUUAGAGACCUGAAUUCACAAAUAUUUGGCGUAAGUAAAUCUUACAAAAGUUUAAGUACGCCUUAUAAAUUUUGGCCUUUUGACUUUUGACAACACAAUUCAAUGUUUAAAAUCUCUAUGUAUAUAAUCUUACAACUCAUAUCGUCGUUUAAGAUAUAUCGUUGUGACGUAUGUUUUAACAUUUUUAGCAUUAGAUUCGUGAUGUACUUGCCAAAACUUAAAAUUGUGCCAAACUUGUAAAUAUCAUUUAAAUCUUCAUAACUAUUGUAAAUAGUUUUCAUGACAAAUUGGUAUUAAGCAUUUCUAGUAUAAUUAAAUUAAUAAUUAAUUAAAUCUUGCAAAUCCAUUUACACUAUAUCGGUUUCUGGAUGGAUAAUUUUAGUAUGUUUUCAAUUAGCAUGAGGUUUUGGUCAACACAUAAGUAGUAAUCGGCAUUGUGUAACAUUAUAUAUGUAUAUAUGUUCGUUAAUGCUACAUGAGUUCCACGGGAUUGGUCACUGUGUAAUUAAUGUAAAUCUUUAUUUCAAAAUACGCUUCCUUAUUAAACUUUUAAAAAAACUUUGUAACUAAGUACAAUUUUUUUGUAUAAUAUAUAACACUGGAUAUUUGAAACAAAAGGAUCUUACUUUAUUGGCUUUAGAAAAUGUUUUGUUAUACAACAAAGAUAUAUAAGAGGCAAAAAAGGAUUGAUAUUUGAUAUUAAAGAGUAAUCAUGUCUGUUCUAAUACAUAAUAACAAAUUUCAAUAUUGUUCAAUUCUUACAAUUAAAGCAAUUAUGAGCCGAUAUAAUGUUAAUGUAUAAUAAAUAAGUAGGUCGUAAGAUUGGUGUAUUAAAUUGACCACAAUGAAUAAAUAAUUUUACUAUAGAUGGAAAUAUGUACUAGAUAAUUCAAGUAAUAUAAUUUAUUAUAAUGAAACACAGUUAAUUUGUACAACAGCUCAAUGUGUGCCAAAAUGUUCUGUCUACAAUCUUAAUAUAUUUUGUAAGUUCAUACGUAAAUUGACUAAAGAAUAAAUAAAGUAAGUCGUUUGAAUUA